AUGGGUCAUACACUUGAACAAAUUACUACUUUUGGUAUAGACCCACAGGCCAGGCUUGAUUAUGGUUAUGACUCGAUGAUCAAGUUAACCCCGAUGGCAAAGCAGCUCAUCAGGUUUAGCUAUGACAAACUGCCAGACCGAUCUUAUGCAGGUGGCGCUUCACGAGGUGGAAAUCUGGCGCUGAAUGCAGCUACACGCUUACCAAGGGAAUAUGAUGGUAUUUAUGCCAACUCGCCUUCCUUUGAGCCGCCUCUUUCAUCAAUAGCACAAAUUUAUGAUUUUAAAGAACUCCGAAAAGUCGCUACGGAAAUUGAUGAGACAAUAACAGCUUUUACCGAUGCUGAAAGAAAAGUUGUAGCGGAUUCUGUCUUAAAUAAAUGUGACAAGCUGGAUGGUAUUGUAGAUGGCAUGGUACAGGAUGUAGACCGAUGCCAAUCAGAAUUUAAUAUCCAAAGAGAUGUUCCGGUGUGUCAGGGAGAACGUAAUGGAACCUGCCUGUCAGCAGAACAGAUACAGGUUAUCGCUGCUGUAUUUGAUACACCUGUAAACUCUAAAGGUGAAAAAUUUUAUGUCAGUGAACCUUAUGAUCCAGGAAUCGUUGGACAGAAAUGGGCCAAUUUGAAACUAGCACCUCUUAGCGCUUUAGAUCGUAGUGCUGGAGUAUUAGGCACUGUGUUCGAGACUCCACCUAAUUUAUUAGGAUUGGAAAGACCGAGUGAAUAUAUCUUGAAUUAUAAUUUCGAUACUGACCUUAUCAAGCUAUACAGGACAGAUAACACCUAUAAGGAAAGCUCAACUGCUUUUAUGGGACCACCUGAUCCAUUAAAUGUGACGCCUCUCACUUCAAGAGGAGGUAAAAUUAUGGUAGUACAUGCAGUAGCGGAUGGCUCUACCUCCGAGAAGGAAUCACAAAACUGGUAUGAUCAGCUUUUGCAACGUUAUUCAGCCACUAUACAGAAUUCAGUACGAUUUUUCCGGGUUCCGGGUAUGAACCAUGUUUCUCAGGGUGUGGCUACUGACCAGUUUGAUGGACUGACUGCACUGGUCAGAUGGGUGGAAUAUGGUGAAAAACCUGACCGUAUUAUUGCCACUGCACGCGGUCCGGGUAAUCCGAGUGGAGACAUUAAUUCUGAAAUCCCGUCAAACUGGGCACCAAACCGGACCCGCCCACUCUGUCCAUACCCAUUAAUUGCACGUUAUAGCGGUCGGGGAGAUAGCGAAAAAGCUGAAAGCUUUAACUGUGCUCGAUAG